AUGUUACACGACAGUAGAGUAGUAUUGUGUCACGUUUACGGCGUGGUCGGUGGCGCCGGGAUCGCUUGUCGCGGUAACUGGUGCGAGGUGCGAGAAGGUCGCAGAGUGCACUACGCGCGUCGUGCACCGGCGCCGCUGUGGUCGCGCUGGCGAGUCGCCGCGUGCGCCGCGCGCGCUUAUUAUACGCAGACGGUGAUGGGCGGCGCGCGCGCACCCGCCACGCCCCGCGCCACGCCGCGCUCCGCCCGCCCGCGCACAACUCACCCCUGA